UUAAACCAGUCUGAUCCUCUCUCUGGUUUUGACCGUUCGUUUCUCUCUCCUGUCUCCUCUAUAUAACUUCGCAGCCUUUCCUCUCUCUCCUCAUCCUUUGCCUCCACCGCUCUCUCCUCAUCUUCUACUUGCAAUUUGCUGAAUCUCUGUCUCUCUCUCUCUGUCUCUCCCCUGUUACAGAUUUCCUCCACCCAAACUUGCAACUCCCCAGCUCUCCCUCUCUCUAAACUUCUAAGCUUGCAACUCCCCAUCUCUCUCUAACUUGCAUCUGCCUCUCUCUCUCAAAACUGCAAACCCUCAGUCUCUGUCUCUCUUUCUCUAAGGCCACUGCUCUGCUUCAUGAUGGAAGAGACUAACAGGAAAAGGGGAAGAGACCAAGUAGACGAAGAAAUAGGAGAGAAGGAAGAAGAAGUGGUUGCCGCCAAAAGAAGCAGGGAAGAGGAAGAGCAAGACGAUGAGGAGCAGGGGAGAACGAAGAACGGGUCCUUUGAUGACAUCCUCUCCCUCCUCGAGUCCGAAGAGGACGAACCCAGCAACCCCUACCUCUCCUCCUUUAUGACAACCCUGCAACAAGAGCUUUCUUCUUCUUCUUCUUCCUCCUCCUCCUCUGAGCCCACUCAACCAGCCGGAACCGAGCCCGACGGCGCCCAGUUUGACCGGCCGGACCCGCUCUCCGACGUCGUCGACGCCCCGCAGCCGCAGGAGGUCAUGAGGUACCUCCUGGAAGCCUCCGACGACGAGCUGGGCAUCCCCGCCAGCCCGGUCGACCCGUCUCCUCUUGAGAGAGAAGGAGGAGAAGGAGAAGCCGAAGCUCUCCUCCACCAAUCAUAUGUAGAGAGAGAAGGCAUCGACCAAUUGGAUUUCGACGAGAAGGGCUUGCCGUCAGGGGUUUUAGAGAGAGAAAGCUUGAGCUUCGAUGGGUUGUGGGAGAUGGAGGACCAGAGAGCAAACUACUACGAUUUCCUGAACUCCCAACUCUGCUACGACGACCUCAAAAUCGAAAUAUGAAAACUUUCGGGGGAAAAAUGUGAAUGGGGGUAAAAAAAAGUAUUAGUUUUUUGGGUCUCCGUUUUCGGGGCUCCAAAUUUUACUUUAUUUACCUCCAGGCCCCUCCUUCAUGCUUGGCAAUGUUGUAAAUUCUCGCAAGUAUGGAUGCUCAAAGCCUGUUAGAUACAAAAGUAAAAGCGCCUCUCUUGUUCUUGGUUACCAAAUGACCGAAACACCCUUUUGCCUUGCAGUGGAAAUAUCGUUGCCAUCUACUUUGUUACGAACUUAAUUACAAACAAACUCCUAAAAUGAUCGAUGUUUACCACGACCAGUCUUCUAAUCGGUUGUUAAUUAACAAAAAAAGGCGAACAAUCUCUAGGCAUGUUGAGAUGAACACCUUAAAGCAAGUGAGUUCAAGAUUUUUCUUUUC